AUUCCGCGCCUCCAAUUAGAUCACAACUCUCUCUCUCUCUCUCUCUCUCUCUCUCUCUCUCUCUGUUUUCAACAUCAACCUCCUCCCUCUAUUAUCCCCCUAGCGCUCUCUAGAAGCGCUUCUCCGCGCAGCAGGAGAUCGAUCGAUCGAUCGCCAUGGCUACAUCCCGCGCCGAGAUCAUGCGAUCGUCCUUGCUCCCGGCUCCCAGAAGCGCUUUUCCCCGAAGCCGAUCGGUCGCGAUCGGCUUCUCCGUCCCCGGCGUGCUGAAUCGGAACCAUCGUCAACAUCAGAGGAUGAGGAGGAGGAGCUCGAAUCCGGGCGUGGUUGUGGCGGCGAUCAGCGAGGAGGCGGCGGUGAAGGUGGCGGUGGAGAAGAAGGCGGCGCCGGCGCCGGCGCCGGCGAAGACGAAGGCGCGGGCGGCGCUGACGGUGCGGAGGAAGAGCAAGGAGGACUUCAAGGACACCAUUGCCGGCCACCUCGACGCCCUCGCCGACAUGAUCGGCCGCAACAUCGUCUUGGAGCUCAUCAGCACCGACGUCGAUCCCAAGAUGAAGCGGGUGAUGAGGAGCGGGGAGGUGGCGGUGAGGGACUGGUGCGAGAAGAGGGGGGUGAAGGGGGAGCACGUGGUGUACACGGCGGAGUUCAUGGUGGACGUGGCAGCGUUCGGUGAGCCUGGAGCCAUCACGGUGGCCAACCGCCACCAGAGGGAGUUCUUCUUGGAGAGCAUCGUCGUCGAGGGCUUCCCCUGCGGCCCCAUCCACUUCUCCUGCAACUCCUGGGUCCAGUCCACCAAGGACCUCUCCUCGAAGAGAGUCUUUUUCACCAACAAGCCGUAUUUACCAUCAGAGACCCCUCCGGGGAUAAGAGAGCUCAGACAGAAGGAGCUCAAGGACCUAAGGGGAGAUGGCAAAGGCAUUCGUAAGUCAUCCGAUCGGAUCUACGACUAUGCAACUUACAAUGACUUGGGUAAUCCUGAUAAAGGAUUCGAGCUGGCUAGGCCAACUCUUGGGGGUGAGAAGAUCCCCUAUCCUAGACGAUGUCGGACGGGCCGCCCCCCAAUGGAUACUCACAUGCUAGCGGAGAGCCGGAUAGAGAAACCGCAUCCGAUAUACGUCCCUCGUGACGAGGCAUUUGAGGAGCUGAAGCAAGGGGCAUUCUCGGCGGGACGUCUCAGGGCAGUGCUGCACUCUUUAAUUCCGUCCCUCAUCGCCUCGAUCUCAGCCGACACCCAAGACUUCCAAGGGUUCCACCACAUUGACAAUCUAUACAAGGAGGGUCUCAAGCUCAAGCUCGGCCUCCAGGAGCAUCUCUUCAAGAAGAUCCCCCUCGUCCAGAAGAUCCAAGAGUCCAGCGAGGGCAUGCUCCGAUACGACACUCCAAAAAUCCUCUCUAAGGACAAGUUCGCGUGGCUCCGCGAUGACGAGUUCGCGCGCCAGACCGUUGCCGGAAUAAAUCCGGUCAACAUCGAGAGGCUUAAGGUUUUUCCUCCAGUGAGCAAGCUGGACCCUGCAGUUUACGGCCCACCGGAAUCGGCCAUUACGGAAGCCCACAUUGCAGGCCACCUUAAUGGGCUCACAGUCCAACAGGCCAUGGAUGAAGCAAAGUUGUUUAUCCUCGAUUACCAUGACUCAUACCUUCCAUUUUUGGACCGGAUUAACGCAAUUGACGGCCGUAAGGCGUAUGGCACGCGAACCAUCUUCUACCUGAACCCGCUCGGCACGCUGAAACCCGUGGUGAUUGAGCUGACACUCCCCCCGGUCCAACCCGGUGGGCCUCGGACCAGCAUGGUCCUGACACCGCCUUGCGACGCCACUACACAUUGGCUCUGGAUGCUCGGCAAGGCACAUGUCUGCUCCAACGACGCCGGCAUCCAUCAGCUCGUCAACCACUGGUUGCGGACGCACGCGAACAUGGAGCCGUUCAUCCUGGCGGCGCACCGGCAGAUGAGCACGAUGCACCCGGUGUUCAAGCUGCUGCACCCCCACAUGCGGUACACGCUUGAGAUCAACGCGCUGGCGCGGCAGAGCCUCAUCAACGCUGAGGGGGUGAUCGAGUCGUGCUUCACCCCCGGCCCCGUCUGCAUGGAGAUCAGCGCCUCCUACUACCGCACCCACUGGCGCCUCGAUCAGGAGGGCCUCCCCGCGGACCUCAUUCGCAGGGGUGUUGCUGAGGAGGACCCAACACAACCCCAUGGCCUGAAGCUUCUUAUCGAGGACUACCCCUACGCCAACGACGGCAUGCUCUUGUGGUCGACGAUCCGGUCGUGGGUCGAGUCCUACGUCGGGCUCUACUACCCGGACGCAGCCCGAGUCCGGUCUGAUCCAGAGCUGCAGGCGUGGUACCACGAAUCCGUCCACGUGGGCCACGCCGACCUCCGCAGCGCCCCGUGGUGGUCGCCGCUCUCCACCCCGGACGACCUCGUCGCCCUCCUCACCACCCUCAUCUGGCUCGCCUCCGCGCAGCAUGCCGCACUCAACUUCGGCCAGUACCCGCUCGGGGGCUACGUCCCCAGCCGCCCCCCGCUGAUGCGGCGCCUUCUGCCGGACCCAGCACGAGACCCUGUCGAGUAUGAAACUUUCCUCGCCAACCCGCACCGGUUCUUCCUCGCCGCAAUGCCCGGCGUGCUGGAGGCGACCAAGUUCAUGGCGGUGGUCGACACGCUGUCGACGCACUCGCCCGACGAGGAGUAUCUCGGGGAGGAGCGGCAGCAGGCGGCCGCAUGGACGUCUGACGCAGCGGCGCAGGUGGCAUUCAAAAAAUUCUCUGCAGAGGUGCGCCGGGCUGAGAAGGAGAUAGAGAGGCGGAAUGCCGACCCGGCAAGGAGCAACCGGUGCGGGGCCGGGGUGCUUCCGUACGAGCUGCUGGCGCCCAGCUCGCCGCCGGGGGUCACCUGCCGGGGAGUGCCCAACAGCAUCUCCAUAUAAUAAAGCUUAAAAAAAAACAAAAAUCGGCGAGCGCGCUCUUUUUAAAAAAAAUCUUUUUGUAAUUUUUAUUUAUUUGUUUAAUUAUUAUUCCUCUCCGUGAAUGAAGUGGCUAUUGAUCUGCUAAUGUUGAUCUGCUAAUGAGAGUUACAUGAGAGAGUUACUGAGGUAGUAAGCUAGGGUUCUGUGUGUUAGAAUUAAAGAUACUCGGUUGUAAUUAUGUAAAAAUUGUAUCGUACUUGUUUAAAGGAUUUCUAAUUUUCUAAUUAAAGAUUCUGCAAAGCAGUGAAUCGAAUGCGAA